UCUCUUUUUUUUUUUCUUUUUACCCUUCAUCCAUUCCCUUUAUAAUCAUGUUCAAGUUUUGUAAUCUUGCCACUAGAACAGCCUUGAAGGUAAAACCUAGUUCUUAUGCUCGACGAUGGGCUAGCUCUUCUACUUACAAUGCUGCUGUUGCCAAUUUGACUGAUGACCAAGAAGAACUUCGUGAAGCUGUUCAUUCAUUUGCUCAAAAGGAAUUAGCACCUCGUGCUGAAGCUAUUGACAAGGAAAAUGCUUUCCCAAUGGAUAUGUGGAAGAAAUUGGGUGAUAUGGGUUUAUUAGGUAUCACUGCUCCUGUUGAAUAUGGUGGUCUUGGUUUGGGUUAUUUGGAACAUACUUUUGUCAUGGAAGAAAUUUCUCGUGCCAGUGGAUCUGUGGCUUUGAGUUAUGGUGCUCAUUCUAAUUUAUGUGUCAAUCAAAUCGUACGCAAUGGCAAUGCUGCUCAAAAAGAAAAAUAUUUACCAAAGUUGAUCUCAGGGGAACAUGUAGGUGCAUUGGCCAUGUCUGAACCUAAUUCUGGUUCUGAUGUUGUUAGUAUGAAAUUACGUGCAGAAAAAAAAGGUGAUCAUUAUGUAUUGAAUGGAAACAAGAUGUGGAUUACGAAUGGUCCUGAUGCUGAUGUCUUGGUCGUCUAUGCAAAAACUGAUCCUAAUGCUGGUCCUAAAGGUAUUACUGCUUUCUUGGUGGAAAAGAAUUUCAAGGGAUUCUCUACUGGACAAAAAUUGGAUAAAUUGGGUAUGCGUGGUUCUAAUACUUGUGAACUUAUCUUUGAAAAUUGUGAAAUUCCUGCUGAAAAUGUCUUGGGUGCUGAAGGUCAAGGUGUCUAUGUAUUGAUGAGUGGACUUGAUUAUGAACGUUUGGUACUUUCUGGUGGUCCUUUGGGAUUAAUGCAAGCUGCUUUGGAUGUUACUGUUCCUUAUGUUCAUGAUCGUAAACAAUUUGGUGUACCCAUUGGUACCUUCCAGCUUCUUCAAGGAAAAUUGGCUGAUAUGUAUACCAAAUUGAAUGCUUCAAGAGCUUAUGUAUAUGCUGUUGCUCGUGCUUGUAGUGCAGGCAAGGUUAGUAAUAAGGAUUGUGCUGGUGUGAUUCUUUAUUCUGCUGAACGAGCCACUGAAGUAGCUUUAGAUGCUAUUCAAUGUUUGGGAGGUAAUGGUUAUACUAAUGAAUACCCUGUUGGUCGACUUCUUCGUGAUGCCAAGUUAUAUGAAAUUGGUGCUGGUACAAGUGAAAUCCGUCGUAUGUUGAUUGGUCGUGAAUUCAACAAACUUUACAAAUAGAAAAAUUAAAAAAAUUGUUUAGAUUCUAUUAUAUAUAUAUAUAUAUUUGAAUUAAAAAAAAAGAAUUAUUAUAUUUUA